GAAAUAUAAAGUGAAGAAACAUGUGGAAACAAAUUUUCGGUGUUUUGCUUAUUACCUUGUGCCUGAUGCACACUGCCACGGCCAUUAAUUGCUAUCAGUGCAAGUCCCUAACGGAUUCCAACUGCGCCAAGGAGAAGCUCGAUGCGGGGUCCAACAUACGGCAGGUGGACUGCGAUAAUGUGGCCAGGCCGAAUAUCAUGGAUCAGCUGCAGCCAGUGACCAAAUGCAACAAGGUGGUCACCAGCGACCGCGCCGGAGUCAUUGUCUCCCGCGACUGCCACUUUGAGUUGAUUGGGCAGAAGGACAAUGAAUGCACAGUAACACACAGCCGUCAGGUGGAGAGCUGCUUCACCUGCAAGGGCGAUCUGUGCAAUGCCUCUGGAGCGAUCCGUUAUUUGGCCCUGAGUGCAAUGGCCCUGUUCGCAGUAUUCGCACUGCAGAUGGUGCUGUAAAGGAAAUCUCAAAAAUAUCAGCAACAG